GAGCUGUGGCAGUGCCGGGAGCGGACAGGGCUCGCGCCACCUGUCCGAGUGCCACCUGGUCUCUGCUGGGGCUGAAGGAACACUUGGAGUGACUGUGGGCUGACGGAGGCUAUAGGAACAUUUGGAAAGGAGUGGGGAAAGCAUUGGGCCACCAUGCCGCGCUCUUUUCUCGUAAAGAGCAAGAAGGCUCACAGCUACCACCAACCACGCUCCCCGGGACCAGACUACUCCCCCCGUUUGGAGAAUGUACCAGCUCCAGGCCGAACAGACAGCAUUUCGAGUUCAGGAGAGGGGAAGGCGGAGCCCGGGGACCGUUUGUCCCCUGAGUCUCAACUGAUCGAGGCCCAGGACAGAGCCUCUGCGUCUCCGGACAGCUGCGAGGGCAGCGUCUGCGACCGGAGCUCGGAGUUUGAGGAUUUUUGGAGGCCUCCUUCACCCUCCGUGUCUCCAGCGUCAGAGAAAUCCAUGUGUCAGUCGCUGGACGAAGCCCAACCCUUCCCUCUGCCUUUCAAGCCGUACUCAUGGAGUGGCCUGACGGGUUCUGACCUACGGCACCUGGUGCAGAGCUACCGGCCUUGUACAGCUCUGGAACGCGGCCCCGGCCUCGGUCUCUUCUGCGAGCGCACACCGGAGCCUGGCCACCCGGCCGCGCUCUACGGCCCAGAGAGGGCUGCAGGCGGCGCGGGGGCCGGAGCCCCAGGAAGUUGCAGCACAGGAGGUGGCGCUGGCGGUGGCGUGGGCCUGGGGCUCUAUGGCGACUUUGGAUCUGCUGCGGCCGGGCUGUAUGAGCGGUCGACGGCAGCGGCUGGCCGGCUGUACCCGGAUCGCGGCCACGAGCUACACGCUGAAAAGGGUGCUGGUGUCAAGGUGGAAUCUGAGUUGCUGUGCACCCGCCUUCUGCUGGGCGGCGGCUCCUACAAGUGUAUCAAGUGCAGCAAGGUGUUCUCCACGCCGCACGGGCUCGAGGUCCACGUGCGCAGGUCCCACAGCGGCACCAGACCCUUUGCCUGCGAGAUGUGCGGCAAGACCUUCGGGCACGCGGUGAGCCUGGAGCAGCACAAAGCUGUGCACUCGCAGGAGCGCAGCUUUGACUGUAAGAUCUGUGGCAAGAGCUUCAAGAGAUCAUCUACACUGUCCACACACCUGCUUAUUCACUCAGACACUCGGCCUUACCCCUGUCAGUACUGUGGCAAGAGGUUCCACCAGAAGUCAGAUAUGAAGAAACACACCUUCAUCCACACUGGUGAGAAGCCCCACAAGUGCCAGGUGUGUGGCAAGGCAUUCAGCCAGAGCUCCAACCUCAUCACCCACAGCCGCAAACACACAGGCUUCAAACCCUUUGGCUGUGACCUGUGUGGGAAGGGCUUCCAGAGGAAGGUGGAUCUCCGGAGGCACCGAGAGACACAGCAUGGGCUCAAAUGAGCACCCUCACUGGCUGCAAGCAGCAGCUACACGACACUACGGAGGAUGGCUUCCCUGCUUGCCUCUAGCCUCUCUAAUUUCUCAGGCUCCCCAGUCCAGUCUGCAGAUCCCACCAAGGUGAAUCC